CGAUUGUGAUUUCUUUUUGAAUAGAUGCAACUCUCGUGCAAAUAAGAAGAGCAAAAACUUCCAAUUGCUGUCUUAUGAAAAUUUAAAAAAAUCUUUGAAUUCGCUGUCUUAUCUCAUUCUACUGAUAUAAAACCCCAAAUACAAAAGUGUAAAAAUGUCAUACGAACGAGUUCAUCAUGCCUAUCCAAGUAAAAAAAAUGGUCUCGUGUAUAAAUUUGAAAAAGUUAUGGAAAAAGCCGCCGCUGAAUCGUAUGAUCUAAAAAAAGUGGAAAAACUUUUUAAAAAGCAGCUAAAAGAAUUUGAAGCCGAGAAAGAAAUGUUAGAAGACCAGUUGAAGAACAAAAACAUUGAAUUAAAUCAAAUACUUUAUCAGUACAGAGAUAAAGAGGAACAUUUUGAAAAACUAGAACAAGAAAAGAGGUUGUUGGAACGACAUUUGGAGACUGAAGCAGAAAAAUUAUAUCAUUUGAAUCGAGAGGUCGACAAUCUGAAGUUGGCAAAAAAGAAACUGGAAAGAUAUAUUGAUGACCUUGAAAUGAAGGGGUGAUGAUAAUGACCCAUAAGAGUCAUAAAAUAUUUUUUUUUAUUUAUGUAAUUUUCUAAGAAUCUAUUAAUUACUAUUCGCACGAUAUUUUUUUAAAAUGAAUAUUGGAUAA